AUGGCGGUGCCUCUCUUCAACCUCGCACCCAAUCUUACCGACUCUGAGUCUGAUUCUUUGGCCCUCCCUCUCAUCCUCAAAUACAAAUUCAUUCUUCGCGCAUGGACGAUGACUUUCGGCAAGCAAAACACGUUUCCGGAAUCGUUUGGCCUCCUCGACCAAGCUUUCCUGUCCGGCAUCAAUUUCUUCGACUCUACAGAAAUGUAUCCAGUGGUUCAGCGAGCCGAGACUCAGGGGAGGAGGGAGGAGGGAGGAGCGUCGUUUUGGCCGCCAAGGUUGUAA